ACGCAUCAGCGUGUUAUCCAGCAUCAUUCCCACUUUUCUCUGCCCUGAAAUUGCCGUCUCUAUACGAGAGAGCUGCGGUGUGUGAGGAGGCGGCAAGCAGGUCUCUGCUCUCCUUCUAGAGACUUCCACCAACAGCCGGUGACUGAAGUCACAGCCACGAGUCGCCACUAUGUUGACCGGCUUUUCGACCCUGACCCACAGAACGUGCUGCAGGGAGUCAUUGACAUGAAGAAUGCAGUCAUCGGAAACAACAAACAGAAGGCCAACCUGAUUGUGCUGGGAGCCGUGCCAAGACUCCUGUAUCUUCUCCAGCAGAGCUCCUCCAGUCUGGAGCUGAGGACUGAAUGUGCGGUCGUGUUGGGCAGUCUGGCCAUGGGCACAGAGAACAACAUCAAGUCCCUGGUGGACUGUCACAUCAUCCCAGCCCUGCUGCAAGGUCUCUUGUGUUCUGAUCUGAUCUUCAUUGAGGCAUGUCUGCGCUGUUUAAGAACCGUUUUCAUCAGUCCAGUCACACCAGUGCAGCUGCUCUACACAGACCCUACUGUGAUCCCCCACCUCAUGUCCUUGCUGAGUCGGUCACAGCACACACAGGAAUACAUCACGCAAAUAUUCGCCCACUGCUGCAAGACUCCAGAACAUCAGACAGUGUUGUUUAACCAUGGUGCCAUCCAGAACAUCGCUCCACUGCUCAUCUCUCCCUCCUAUAAGGUACGGAUGCAGGCGUUAAAGUGUUUCUCAGUCUUGGCCUAUGAGAACGCUCAGGUCUCCAUGACACUGGUGAAUGUGCUUGUAGAUGGUGAGCAGCUCUCUCAGGUUUUUGUUAGAAUGAUGCAAAGGGACAAACCCAUCGAAAUGCAGCUUACAGCCGCAAAAUGUUUAACAUACAUGUGUCGAGCAGGAGCCAUCAGUACAGACGACGGCUGUGUUGUACUAAAGACUUUGCCUUGCCUGGUCCGGAUGUGCAGUAAAGAGCGGUUACUGGAGGAGAGGGUGGAGGGGGCCGAGACACUGGCCUACCUGAUGGAGCCGGACAUAGAACUACAGCGGAUUGCCAGCGUCACUGACCACCUCGUGUCCAUGUUGGCUGACUACUUUAAAUACCCGAGCUCCGUCAGUGCCAUCACUGAUAUUAAGAGGUUGGACCAUGACUUGAAACAUGCACAUGAGCUCCGACAAGCAGCUUUUAAACUCUAUGCUUCACUGGGCUCCAAUGACGAGGACAUCAGGAAAAAGAUUACAGAGACAGAAAACAUGAUGGACAGGAUCGUUAGCGGCCUAUCAGAAUCUAGUAUCAAAGUACGGUUAGCAGCAGUCAGAUGUCUGCACAGUUUAUCACGAUCUGUACAACAGCUAAGAACGAGUUUCCACGAUCAUGCAGUAUGGAAGCCACUAAUGAAGUUAUUACAGAACGCACCAGACGAGGUGCUGGUCAUGGCCUCUUCAACACUAUGCAACUUACUGCUGGAGUUUUCACCCAGCAAAGAGCCUAUCUUAGAGUCUGGGGUUAUUGAGUUACUAUGCAGCCUGACACAAAGUGACAGUCCAGCUCUGAGGGUCAACGGCAUCUGGGCUCUCAUGAAUAUGGCCUUCCAGGCAGAUCAGAAAGUGAAGGUGGAGAUCGUUCGAGCUCUGGGCACAGAACAGCUCUUUAGACUCCUGUCUGAUCCUGAUGCCAAUGUGCUCAUGAAAACAUUGGGGCUGCUUCGAAACCUGCUCUCCACCCGGCCGCAUAUAGACCAGAUCAUGAGCUCACAUGGGAAGCAGAUAAUGCAAGCGGUCACGCUUAUCUUGGAGGGAGAACACAGCAUAGAGGUCAAAGAGCAGACAUUGUGCAUAUUGGCCAACAUUGCUGACGGAAACACUGCCAAGGAACUCAUUAUGACCAAUGACGACAUGCUCCAAAAAAUUAAAUAUUACAUGGGUCACUCCAAUGUGAAACUGCAGCUGGCUGCAACCUUCUGCAUCUCUAACCUCAUCUGGAAUGAGGAGGAUGGUGAGGAGCUCAUGACGCAUGGCUCACAAGAGAGACAAGAUAAGCUAAGGGAGAUGGGCUUUGUUGAUAUCUUACACAAACUCACCCAGGCAUCAGAUCCCAACCUCUGUGACAGGGCAAAAACAGCGAUGCAGCAGUAUCUGGCGUGACCUCGAUGGAAGGCGCGCUACGGCCUCACUAACAAUCUCUA